AUGACCUACCGGGCAGGGCUCGUCCCCGCCGACCAGUCCCAGUUCGUCGCGCGACUUGGCAGCGUCGACCUCCCCUGGCUCGCCUCCUGCGACGGCCUCCUCGUCAUCUUCGUCCGCGGCGAGCACUUCUUCGUCCGCAACCCGGCGACUCGUCAGUCCGCCAACCUCCCGCUGCUUCAUGGCUUCAGGCCUUUGGGGAUGUAUCGACACAGCCCUACCGGCGAGUACCGACUAUUGCUCUACCGGUCCCGGAGAUGGAUGUACGGUCCACUUCCACCUGACGUUCAAGAGGGCUCCUACGUCUUCGCAAUAGGCUCCGGCCAGCCGCCGAGGCACAUAGGGUGGCAUGAUGCGGAGAAGCUGAUAUGCACUGCCGGACCUGUCAUGUUUGGUGGUAGGCUGCAUUGGUACACAUGCCACGUGAUAAUGAUAUUUGACAACACCACUGAGUCGUUUCGGCAGAUGCGCUCUCCGUUUGUUCCUGGCCACGCUCAACUGUUUGAGAUGGAUAACAUGCUUGGCAUGUCCGUUCUUAAUGAUGAAGGGAAAAGCGUUGAUAUCUGGGUGGUGCAAGAUUAUGAAGGUGGAGAUUGGGCCUUAAAAUAUCGGGUUGAAUUGCCGGCUGUAGAGAUCAGGGUGCAAUUUGGAAUGUCUGAAAUUAAAUAUUGGCAUGUGAGGGUUGUGUCUUGUGAUGGUGAUGUGCUUGUGCUGCUCAAAUUUGACGAUUGGCUACUUCAAGUUGACAUCAAUGGCGAGUUGGUUGCCGGAUUCCAUCACAGAGACCUCAUUCUUACUCAAGUUCGGCUCAAACAAUCACUAGUUUUGCAUACUUUCUUUCCGACACUAGAGGGUUAA